CCACCACCACCACCGCCGCCGCCGCCACCGCCACUAUCGCCACCAACGCCAUGACCGCCAACACCGCCACCACCGCCGCCACCACCGCCGUGACGGCUGCAACGGUGACGGCGGCUGUGGCUCCCGGCGCUAACACCGUCUGGGGAUCUGCAGGCGGUUCAAACGGAAGCGCUGGAUUCUAUUGCCAGAAGAUGUCCUGCGCUGGAGAAAACUGCUACCAGAACAAGACGUUUCUACAAUACAAUGAGACGUGCAUGAGUUCAAAUCCCAUGUGCUGGUUUUUGCGCUCGACGGAGGGAACUGCUGUGAACUACACCUCAGGCUGCGUGUCCAACAACUUAAACGCCACGUGGUGCACCGCGUCGGGCACAGCGUCCAGGUGCAUCGUGGAGUGCUGCAACACCAGCCUGUGUCUCAACUUCCCGGCACCACCCACCACCGCAGCCACCACCACAACGACUGCAGUCACCACCACCAGCGAGCCGAUGUCCGACCGUGUCUGCCAGAUGUUUACCUGCAGCGGAGCUGACUGCUUCAUCAAGGUCAUACCUGCUCCACAGCGCUGCUACAAAAGCCAGCUGUACUGUGAGCUGGUGAGCCACAUGGAACACUCGCAGAUCUCGUUUACGGCCGGCUGCAGCUCUCGCUGCAAGGGCAAGGUGGCGUCGUGCGCCUCGCAGCCCGAGUGCUUCCAGGAGUGCUGCGCGGGCAACGCGAGCUGCCUCAAGCUGGACGGGAAGCUCUACGACGUGAGCGGCGGGCCGCGCCCCGGGGCGCUCGGGGCGCCCGGCCACGCUGCCACGUUCCUGCUUGUGGCCGCGAUCGCUCGGGCGAUGCUGUGAGUGGUCGACGAGCGCGACGGGUUGGCGGGGGGGCGGCGAGGGGCAGGGCCCCCCGACCACCACCAACCACGCCGAGCCGGGCGAAGGGCCACACCAGUUCUGGUCACCACGGCGAUGUCCCCCACAUCCACGUUAAAGAUUUCCAUGUCUACCAACGCGCGCAUUUCAUUGAUGUCGUUUCUGGUUCAUGUGCAAGCAGGGCGGGUACUUGAAUCCACAUGAGUCAGUGAGGUACCCAAAGUGAGUGUUUUUGAUUGCUUUGCUGUUGAGAGUCAACCACAAUAAAAUAAAGGGAACUCAUCUUUAACUAAUUGUACAGCCCCUUGUCAUUCACCUGCUGGAUUAGGGGCCCACCCAUGCCACGAUGACUUAGGGGGUUUUCGUGGCCACGCUUAUUUACGCUGGUCAAUCACUUGACAGUGAUGUUAGCCAUGGCCAGGAAUUGGACUCUGGUGGUCAAGUUCAUGGCACAGUGCUAUGCCUGUGAUUUAUUUUUUACUGGGUGGUAAGAUAGUGAAGAGUGAGAUCAUUUUAAACAUUAGAAAAGAUGGGUGGUGGUUGUAUUAGCACUAUUGAUACACCACAAAUUAUAAUUAUUAGUAGAGAGUGAUGGAAUGCCUUCACAAUCUAUGUGGUUACACUAUUUUGGAACCUUUUGCGGACUGACCUGCACAUUAAUGCCAUUCUGGUGUGCAAAAAGAGUGGUAGACAUGGAAUGCUUAAACCUGGAUGCUUCAUGACUGAAGCAUUAUAUCUGCCCUAAAGUUGCAAUCAGGAGUCAUAGAUAUAUGUGGAACUGUAUUUUUAGUUUUUUUUAUUUCACCCUUGCACGGUGCAAUACUGCAUUUUCAUACGUGCACCUGGAGCGAUGCAUGUUCAGUUUUUAUUUGAAAAGUGAAAGGUACCCAUCCUUUAUGGAGCGCUAAGGGCAUGAGCACAGUCAUCAGUUUUAUUAUUAGAGUUAAAUUAUUAGAGAUUGGCAUACCAAGCUAAAGUCUCCUAGUGGAGAGGUCCAAGCAUACGUGAAUGUUGAAAUACAGAGGGACGUGAGAGCAGGUUGGAGCUCUUUUAAAAAGCACUGAACGUGAUAACAAAAGACAACAGUGAAAUAGUGAACAACCUAAAUAAAAAAGUUUUCAAUCAGGGCAUAUGACCUCCUACGACAUGGACCAGAGAAGCAUGGAGAGGUGCAUGAUUUGAAUUCAACCGAGACACGAAAAAACGCACAUCAGAUGACACGAAUUAAAGGCAUGUUAAGAACAGUAAAUGUGCUAUAGAUGACGACUGAUGGUGGGGACCACCAGUCGAGUGGCAGCCAAAUAAAGAAACCACCUCGGAAGUGGAGCAAUGAGAUCAGCCCAUGUGUAGAAGUUGUACGUAAGUACAGUAUGUUGAACUUCUUUUGCACCGUACGUAGGAGGUGCGGGGGAAGGACAACAAACUAAACACAACAAUACAUUCUAAAUGCAUUUUUUUAUCUAUUUUAAAUUGCAUAGCUCCUGUGACUUCCUAAUAUUGGAAGCAAGAGCGCUGCAGAUGGACGCAGACGCGCAUCUGAAAGACCGCGAUGCAGUGAGUCUUUGUUCGAUGGCGAUCAAAGUGCAAUGGAUUGUUGCAUCAUGAGAUUGAGCGAUGCCAACAACUUGGAGAGAUUUCCAGCAGCAGUCCACUGAACAUUCCAGAUUUCAACAGAUCGCACAUGCAUAUGAACUCAUUUAUUUGGAGGAUUGCCCUUUGUAGAAGUAAAAUAAUAGGUGAGCAUAGGUCAUGAGGAUCAAGUUAUAGUUAAUUGGAAUCAUAUAAAACAAACUAUUUUCUAACAUAUAGGAAUUAAACCAACUUUGUCACGAAUUGUGAAGCCAGUUAUUGAGACAAUAAGACACAUCAACCUGAUCGCAUAUAUUUUAAUAUAAGUAAAUAAGAUUGCAUAAUUAACACAGUACGUCACAUAUCCGACUUGCUAGAGAACACUGUAUAGGCGUGUGUGAAAAUGAAAUGCCAGAUAUGUGAACACCCGAGAGAUAAAUUUUGAUUUAAAGCUUUCGUGACUGCAGGGAUUCAUAAUCUUGGUUCUUUCGGUAAAGUCACGUAGAAAGGAAACAAUAAAAAAUAUAAAACAAUAAAAAUCUCACAAAUUGUAUUUAUAAAGCAGCAGCUCACCUGGCUAAAGACACGCACACCGUGCCGCUGGGUUGCAGUGUCGGGCAUCGCAGUUUUUGCCAGAGCUAAGCAAUAGCCCACAUUCCAAAAAAUAUAAAACAAUAAAAUUCUCACAAAUUUUAUUGUUUGAUAUUUUUAUUAUUUUAUUGAUUCCCUUCUACGUGACUUUACCGAAAGAACCAAGAAAAUAUGAAUCCCUGCAGUCACAAAAGCUUUAAAUCAAAAUUUAUCUCUAGGGUGUUAACAUACCUGGCAUUUCAUUUUCACACACGCCUAUGCAGUGUUCUACAGCAAGUCGGAUGUGACGUAAAACAAUAAAAUUCUCACAAAUUUUAUUGUUUUAUAUUUUAUUGUUUCCCUUCUACGUGACUUUACCGAAAGAACCAAGAAUAUGAAACCCUAGAGAUAAUGAGUUACACAUGGGGAAAUGCUUCACUAUGCUUUAGACGCAAAUUGUCCGCGAUAUUAGUGUGCAUUUACUGUAUGUGAAACGGUCGGAUUUGUGCACACCUAUAGAAAAUGCUACCACACGCGCAUACCGAACUGGGUGUGUGCAAUUGGAUGUUACGGUCGGAUAUGCGACUGAAUUUCAUUACCAGUCGGGUACAUUUUGUAAUUAAAUUCGUAUAUUAAGUCUGUAUAUGUUCCACGUAUCUCUAUGACCUCUAGCGGCAGCUGGGAGACUUUCUUUCACUAUUCAUUCUCGCGAUCUCUGCGUUUCCUUUGGGAGGCGAGCCCAAUUUAUAAAGCAGCAGCUCACCUGGCUAGAGACACGGACACCGUGCCGCAAGUGUCGGGCAUCGCAGUUUUUGCCAGAGCUAAGCAAGUCAGCCCACAUUCUAAAAGUUAAUUUAGUAUUCCUCCCAAGUAUGCGUCCCACCUCCAGGUUUUACUGCUCACCAGUCCGGCUUUCCAAAACGUCACUUACUCUGCAUACAGAAAUUGGUUUUAAAUAUAGAUACACAUUAUCACGCGAAUAAAGAAUGUAUAAAAGCUGGAUUUUCCGUUACAAAAAUCAACAAUGGGUAGUUAGAACUGGCAGAAACUCUAGAACAAGGGCAAACCAGUUUUGUUUUAAUCUUUUAAAUGUGUGUAUGCAUAGAAGUGUAACAGAAGACUUCAGCAGCCUGUUGAAAUUAACGCUUGUGCGUCUAUUGAAAACGUGGAAACAGUUGCAAGGUGUAAGACUAAAUGCAGCUAGCAUUACAUCAUUAAUAUCCGGUCAGCUUCAGCAAUAACGUAAAACUCGAUCAAAGCUUGCCAAGUACUACAGCAGCAGGAAAGGAUAACGUUUGUUUCUCGGGACACUUGCUUUUUAUUUUACAAUACAAAUACGUGGGUAAAAUCUGAAUAGCUGAGGAGUUAAGCAUUUGCCUUCGGGCCAGUUUGUAUGACAAUGGUUCAAUUCUCACAACUGCUCGCUAAUUCCUGCAGAGAUGUCCUACAGUGCUUUGAAUAUUGUAAUGUAACUUAUAUGAAUAGGCUGUCAUGUGCUACUGCCAUCCCUCAGUUCAUCAUUUACCCAGAUAACCGGUGCCUAAUUAAGCUCAAAAUCUACCGGGCACGGAUUGGGAACCGUCAGAAAAAAAAUAAUGCUUUAAAGUGCUGAAAAUGUCUUAUUCUAUAAAACAGAUAUACAUGAGGUGUUCCAGUCAAGAGAUGCCUUUAAGACUUGCUGUGGGAUUUUGUAAGUACAGACCUGAUUUACCAAAGCAUGGUCGAUCGUGCCUGUAGGAACGUUUUAUUAGGCUCUGCAGAUAACAUAUUAAAGGAAAAUAAACACGUUAUUAUGUAACUACAGGUACCCACGUCUGCUGGGUUAUGAUUCACAAUGUUUCUCGCUUGGCUGCAUAAAAGGGCAUUCCAUUGAUGUAUACUAUAGCUGAGCUACGUCAUGAAAACCACGCACAUGCCACGCCAGUUGACCAGUCACUGAUGUGGUCUUAAAAGGGAUUAUUACAGAUCCAGGUGAGCGUUUGACAAGAAUAUAGGUGAAACGUUGCACAAUUCCAAGUAAAAUGCCAUUAAUUCACGACACUAUAACCAGGUGAAACCACAAUGAAGCAACUUGUCAAGGGUUUAAAGAAGGCUUAUCAAUGUGAAUGCGUUAUUCAGCCUCUGUAAAAUGUAACAAACACAAGGCUCUCGUGUCCACACACCAACCGAUCGCAGCUCAUUUGAACUAUUCCGCAAUUCGGAAUUUGGGAGUUUAAGAAUUCACAACGUGGGUGUAGUGUUGGAUGUGGUCGGGUGGCUCAGAGGUGAAACGCUGAGCUGGCACUGCUGAGAUUCUGAGUAUUAAUCCGGGAUCUCAGCAGUCUGUAAUUCCACCAGGUUCACAAGUGCCGCGUGUUUACGAUGUUGACCGCGUCACCAAUUCUAUAGCACUAAAGAUGGUGUAUAUAUUAAUGUUUGAAUUCAAAGAUUCGAUUUGAUUACUGAAUGUAACAUUGAUAACCGCAUUUAAUUAUUUGUGGGGGGGGGGGAUACUUGUAAAUAAAAAAAGGUUUCAUACGCAAUUUCCGGCUAAAGUUACUCCCUUUUUAAUAAAUUCCUUGCCGAGUAGUUCAGUGUAUCUGCAGAAAGUAUGUGUACACAAGUGCCCUGUUUUGUUAGGGUUUCCUCCCCCCUUACCGAUUAUUAAUCAGUAACCAUGGAUAGGUAACUGGGCUGACAGUGGGCGCCUCUUGCGAGAAACGUCGAAGGAUAUCUAAGCGUGCAAAACAUUUCAUUAAACGGAUGGUGGAGCAAUACUGUGGGUUGAACCAGCAAGAUGGGCAUCUGCGACCACUCAUUUACCCUUGCUCAAUGCACCUGUAACAUAUAAGAAAAAUGCUUGCAAUUAACUCUUUCACGUCAGCGCCCAAUGCUAUUUCUUUGAUUAGAUAUGCAUAAAUGCCUCAUGUGCAGCAGCCAAUCACUUUCACAGUUCAAUUUUGAGUGUCAGCAUUGAUGGUAGACAGGAAAAUAUGAAAACAUUACCAAUUUGAGAGCUUAUAGUUUGUGUUUUAAAAUGGGGGCCGGUCUGACUUUCUGCUGUUGCCUUUGUCCUAAAGUUGUUGUUGCUGCUAAUGGAGUUGAAGAGGCCACUAAAAGCAAUAGCAAGAGGCUAAACUAUGGUUCGGCUUGUCACCCAGAACCGUACUCCCAUUGGCACUGCAUUAUAUCACUGUGGAACUGACAAAUGUAACUGAUGGGUCAAACUUUGUUCCAAGCGUAUGCGAAAUCACGGGGUUAAAAUGAAAUCUAACAUGUUGACAAUGUGUAAUGCAGUCUGCAAUGUAUCUUUCUCUAUUACAGGUUUAAGUGAUACGCAAUAGUAAUUCUACGCAUUUUCUGUCAUACCAAGUUUCAAACAGACGUCGAAACAUUUACUCCAAAACCAUAUGCUAAUUUACAGCAUCCUAAAUGCACUUAUUCGGAAAACAAGGACAUGCAAAUGCCGUGAUCUUGAGUGGAACAUUUAUGUACAUACAUUUUCCAUCCUAUAGAUUUAUCCCGCACCUCCAAUUAGCAUGGUUGGCUACGUGAGACGUUCAACAUAAAUAUACACAUUUAACGCUUGUUCACUCAAAUUAACAUUUGAACAAAAAAAUGCUAAACAGAAACCCAAUUACACAUGUGAUGCAAUGCGCUGCAUAUUACUGGAAAAUUCCAUUCCUAAACCAUUUUUGUCCACGUUUUUCAAAUGCUAUUCAAAUGCACACGUACAUAACGAUUCAAAUGGAAACCCGUGCUGUUGAGCACAAUAAAUUGCAUUUGGGAAAUGCUGAACAAAGGACUUAUGGAACUCGGUAGCCAAUUAUGCUUAAAAGUCACUUCUACACUGUAUACAAAACACAGUUGUACAAUCGUGAAUUUCCAAGAGAGCACAGACCCUCUAAAUACUGAAGCUCCAAGCAUGCACACUGCAUUUAAACAUUAUCUAAAAAUAGGGAGUGGCGUGCGCAGGGUACAUUCUCCUGUGCUGCCACUCCAGUCGAAUCAAACACACAUUCAAACUACCCUCAUGUGAUUCUUAGAAAGUCAGAAGGCAUUCUGCUACAAGCCAAUGAAGGAAUGUUCUAACUAAUGUGAUGUCACCGCAAAAGCUAUACUGCAUAUAAAGGGCUCCCAAUGAGCACUAGGAAAGCACAUCUUUUGGAUCAAACAUUUCAGAUUAACAAUUGGCUCUCAUAAAACAAUUACUGAGAUUGUUUGCGGCUGUGCUGUAUUGUUCUCCAAUGUGUUUGCAGCUGGACGUUAUGUUAUGCAGCAUGUCUGACGUUUCUCUCCACAUCUUGGGAGCUACUUCAGGCAUCGAAAUCCUAUGACGUGAAGUAAAACAGAGAACUAUAUAGCACAACCGUAAAAACCUAUAGGUACGAACUUUUAUUAAGGAUAGUUUCUGAAAAAGCUCCCAGUAAACGUGGAGCAACACGUUGUACAACAUGCUGAACACACAUUUGGACAUCGUGGUCAGCACGCUCUACAUCCAGAAAAUACAUCAGAGCUAAACUAAUGAAUUAUAAUGAUCUAUUAAUGAACUGUAUCGAAUCAGCUGGUGCUGCUUGAUGACCUGCCAGUGUUGAAAGCAUGGCAAUCCACGACUAAAUUGCGUUAAUGGUAAUUACACUGAAUUGUGGUCUUCUCAGUCGUGACUGUUAAGAUCUUUACUUUAUUACAAUAGAUUAUAUACCAGGCUUGCUAGGUUAAAUGCAUUUUCAGAUUACCAAUCUGCAGAUUAACAAGUCUAAAACAGUGUGCAAUAAUUCAGCAACCACAGCAAGAAUAGCAAUGUAAUCCAAGUGCAGAAUAUUAUUUUUAUCAUUAUACACAUAAAGAGCUUUGCAAAAUAGGUCAUCAGGGGGCUAUUAUUCACUUGCAGACCAGGUUGGUUCGGAGGGUGCAAUGAAGUUGGUUCAAUUUGAGCUUCUAAUUUGACAGACUGCUUCGCUAAAUGUUCAGAGAAGCCAUAGUGCAGCCAGUUUUAUUUUUGGGGUCAUUCCCACAUCACUUUAUAUAAGAUGCAUUUAAUAUAUUUGCUUACAUUAUGUUAAAUGUAGCUUUAUGCGAAAAUGCGUGUAAUUGUCAAUGUUGAUACCUUAACAUUAUGCUGAUCACAUGAUUUUUGUAUGAACUUAAUCAAGUAAAUUCCCUUUGCUCAUAAAUGAAUUUUACUUCUGAUUGAAAUUGCUGCCUUGCAUUGCUUCCUGGGUAUUUUAGAUGCAUGCUAGACAUGCAUGAAACAUGGACAGACUGUUGCAAUAACAGUAGACAGCUUGCAGAUGGCUUCUACAGUGUAGAGGUCUUACACCUGCCACCAUGAAACCCUGGUUCACCACAAAUUACUUCCAUGCCUUGGGUCACAGAAUAUAGCAUUGACUUAAUAUUGUCGCACGAAGCCAACAACUUAUUUUUGUAUACAACUCAAGACCACGUGCUAUAAAAACAUAAUUUGGCUUAACCCUGCCACGUAAGGUAAUGUGACCGUGGCUAACAAUUUUAACAUUAGAAUAUUUUAAUUGUUCAUCAUAAAGUGUGAUUUCAAACCACCCUCGAACAAUUACAGAUACUGCAAGUGUGGACACAAUUACUCAGUUCAAUGUACAGGUAUCCCUCGAUUUACGAAAGGGAAGCAUUCUACAAAAAUACAUGCAUGAAACGAAAUUUACUAAAUAGUAAUGGCUUUUCCUAUCAAUGAAAAAAACUAGAUGUUUUUGGCCAGUCACUCCAAGACUAAAAAUAUACACCUAUAUCACUUUUAACAAUACAAAAAAAGAACGUGACAUUAAAACGAUUGAUUUAAAACCAAAAUACUCAACUUUUCAAGAAACUCACCAAAAGGUCUGCAUGUUGGAAUGAAUGUUCCUCUGAUACUGUCACGCACAGCCUCCCAGUUCUCUCCAUGUAAUGGAAGGGUUUACAAUUUGUGAACUGCAUAAACGCAAAACUUGAUCAACAGAACGUUCAUAAAUAGCGGGAUACCUGUAAAUUGGCACUCAAAUUUCUGUAGAGGUUUGAUGGUAAACCAAGGAAUCCAUACCUUCGGCACUCUCCUUUUCAGAUUCUCAUUCAUAUCUCGACAUUUUCAGAUGGUUUUUAAGCACGCAAAUGUCAGUCAUAUCAGUACCAACAAAUUUAUAUUUGUGCAGUGCAAUUCACCACAACGUACCAAAUUAUCUCCCACGUGCACGAAAGCCUGGACACCCCAGAUGCACCACUGCAACAGAUAUUGCCACGUUUAAACCAGGACAUUGUAAAUAGAGAACACAAUUAAACCACAGUAAGCAACACAUUGCCACCUUGAGACAAAAGUUGUUCUACUAAACACCAGUGCUGCAUUACUAUUUUUAAAAGCAAAAAAGGCCACAAUUGUAAUGGUUCCUAUAAAAACAGCACCAUUGCGUGUAGCUAACUUCAGACAGGUAAUGUAAAAAUGUUCAGGGAUGCAGACCAGAUAUAUUGUGAAGUUUUGCCAUCGACAAAAAUAACUCUGCUCGUUACGAUCCAUUCAGCAAUGCAUGCUUAAAUGUAUGUCAAAAUCGCCAAUCGUAUAAUUAAAAAUACAUUGCAUCUUGACUCAUUCAAGUGUAACAUGUUGGCACUUUCUCAAUGUGCUUAAAUUGCACGUUACAUACAUCAAUUUAGCAUGAAGUGAAAACGUUGCACCCACCCAAAAGAAAUGCACUAAAGCCAAAUUCAGUAAAUAGGACUAUGGCCCAAUUACGUUUUAAAUGGUGGAUUACAGCACCGUAAACCUGCUCAAGUAUUAAUGCUAAUUAAGCUUCAUACACUACCUGACCACAUAACUACAUCAAGUCCUUGCAGUCACAUUCCACAAGGUGGAGUCACUUGAACUUUAUACUCAUCCUUGGUGAGAAAAAUGCAGCCACCAUUUUAGCAAAUUGUCAUGUGCAUGGCAAAGCAACAUGUGAAUACAUCUUAACUCCAGUUCCAGAACCUACCACAGUAAAGCACUCUGCAAUGUCAGAUGGACAUUUAUUGGAUAUUUGCAUAGCGAAAUAAAGACUGCUGGCAAGUGUCAAGUACCGGAGUUGAGAUGAAUCAAGUUUUGGAUUAAAGUUAAAUUUAACUUUCAACUAUAUCCACAAAUCCAGCUCAAUUACCAUUACAUUGACGUUUUAGAUUGCCAUCAAAUCAGAAUGCCAACUUAAGCUACAAUGCAUCAACCAUGGUACUUUUGUUAAUGUAGUAGCAAAGCCCAAAGUACAUUUCCACCAACAGCACCAAUCCAAAAAGUCGAAUUUGAAACUGAAGUUCCAGGAGACCUGUUUUAGGCCACAAGCGAUUUUUUUCAAAAAUAUCUAAUAUUCAAAUCAGCCAAAAUUAAGUCGCAAAACGAAAAUAUGCAUGGAAAAUUAUCAAACGUGACAAUUGCUAGAUGUGCAAUGG